AUGGGGAAGCGGAAUGUUCUUAUGUUUGACCUAGGCAGUGGUACUUUUGAUGUCUCGAUUCUCACUGUUAAAAUUAGUGACAUCCAAGUCAAGGCUACAGCUGGCUUUGACUUCUCAGCAACUAUUACCCGACCCAAAUUCGAGGAGUUGAACAAAGAUUUAUUUGUCAAGUGCAUUGAGACAGUUGAAAAGUGUUUGAUGGAUGCAAAGAUGAAUAAGAAUGCUAUAGACGACGUUGUCAUGGUGGGAGGAUCAAGCAUGAUCCUUAAGGUUCAAGAAAUGUUACAAGACUUGUUAAAUGGGAACAAGCCAUGCAGAAACAUCGACCCGGAUGAAGAUUGCAUAUGGCGCGACAAUUCAAGUCGCAAUCUUGAUAAAGUGUUCGAAGGUGAGAGAACAAGAACAAGUGACAACAAUUUCUUAGGCGAAUUCAUUCUCAAGUGCAUUCAAAAAGCACCAAGGGGAGUUCCUCGGUUGGAGAUCAUCUUUGAUCUACAAGCCAAUGGCAUUUUGCAAGUAUCCAAGCGGGAUAUAAUCACCGGGAGCAAGACAAAAGCCGUGAUCAAGAGCCGGAGGUUGUCGAAAAACAAGAUCGACGUGAUGAUAAAAGAUGCUAAGAAGUUUAAGGCUGAGGACGAAGAGCACCGAAAGAAGAAUGCUGCAAUGCGGACCUUAUUGGGUUACCUCGAUCAAAUGAGGUAUGAGAUAAAUAACAACAAGUCUGAGAACAAAAAUGCAAAAGAAGCAGCAAUGAAGGUGCCAUUUGAAUGGUUGGAUGGAAAGAAAGAGCUUGUAGAGGUUCAUGAAUAUGAAGAGAAAAAGAAGGAACUGAUGCGGAUUUGGAAACCAGGUGCUGGGGUGAGUGAGGAAGUGCCUUUGGCAUUUCGGAAAUUAGCAGGGACAAGAAGCUCAAAGGAACACAAUAAAUAA